UCGUUCACAAUUCACAUUCCGCGCCGAACCUCCGCGCGCGAUAUAUGUGUCGCGUCGCUCGCAGUCAAUCGCGCCUACGAUCGAAACUCAAAUGUGUGUGUCAUAAUAAAAUUUUUAAACUAUUUUAGAGUGCAAUGUGUGUAUUUUGUUUAAUUGUGAACGCCCUGAAUUGGUUAUUGUAAUCAUCUGGAUUUGAUUUGCAUCCGAAACCAGAUCAGGUGCAGGCAUGCUGAAGCACGUAGCCGUGUCCCCGCACCGGACACGAGCUGACUCCGUGAGCCUCUCCUCCUCGGCUUCCUGCUGCAGUCUUGGAAGUUUAGACCACAGGCACGACUCUGUAACUGACUUGUCGCAGCGCACUACAACGAUAAAAGUGUACGCACGCUGCCUCCGUCCGGAUAUCGAAUACAAGACAUUGUCAGUGACAUGGGGCACUAGAGCUCAGGAAGUCGUCUCCACGCUGCUGGGGAAGUUUAGGAUGAGGCACAGAGACCCCCGGCUCUUCUACUUGAGUAUGGAAGUGAGGGUCAGGGCGGCUGGUCUUCGAACUACGUUGGUCUUAGACGACGACGCCAGGCCGGCGGCACUGCAAGCUUGUCAUCCAAAAGGAUAUUCUAAAUUCUCGCUGCAGAUGCGUCCCGGUGGUCUGGUGAAGAUAUACGACUCGGCGCUGAUGUCCUCGUCCCAGUACAAGUGCAUCCUCACGAGCGAGCGUACAACAGCUGACGAGCUACUGGCCAUUCUGUUGCAUUGCUACGACUCGACCGAAGGCGUCGAGCGGUUCUCCUUGUACGAGGUGUAUCCAUCACAAGAAUACGAGCGAAAGCUCCAUCCAGACGAUCUGCCCCUAUUGGUGCAACGGGCCUGGCCCCCUGAGAGCGACUGCCAUUUCCGUGUGCGGCGGAACCCUCGCGUACCCCCUCCGCCCCCCGCUGCCUCCGUUGGCACCCCACAUGCCGCACACCUCGCCUCCUCCCUCCCAUCACUCGAUGAACCCUCCCGGGCCCUCUCUGCGCUGUCGUUAGAAUCAGACGACAAACGAUACAGUCCUGUAUACAAAUUCCCAAGCAUAACAUAUUGCCAGGAAACAAAAAACGAUUAUCUAUACAUUUGAUCUUAUAAGGAAAUGUUAAUUUGGUAUGUAAAUAAAUUCUGUAAAGUGUAAAUAUUAAUGGGAAUCGUGUGAAACCAAAGAAAUGUUGCUAACGGUAUGCUUAAGGUCGAUCGAGGCUGGUUCUGGAAAAUGUUCUUGUUCUACUUGAAGGAAAUAACCGCUGUAAACAUAUGAAAAUUAAAUUAAUUGAUUGAUUAUUUCGUGGCAAAUUAAAUAUCUAGUAAUGUUUAAUUCACAUAAAAUUCAAACAAAUCAACAUGAUAACAACAUUAUCUCAAAUCCAGUAACAUUAAAUUGCACGCACAUUUUAUUAUAUUAUGUGUUGAAUAUAUAAUUAAUUUUCAAUAUUAUUCUUCAUCCUAGAUCUAGUCGGGUUAAGUAUUGCAAAAUCGAUUUACUUCUUGGUUUGAUGAAUUGGAUUUCAUUUGAUGGACAUUUGAAUUCGAAACAUUUUAGAACGUUUUAACACUGGAAUGUUUUAGAAAGAAAAAAAAAACUAUGUAACAUACAUUACAUACUACAGAUAAGACGGAACUGAGAUAUCUACCAUACAUACGGUGUACUGCAAAAGUGCAUGGAUAGCACAGUCAAUACCGUAUGAACAUGUAGCGCCAUCUGUUAUUAAUACGGUAUUACUAAUCAGUGGCAGUAUUAUUUUCUUGAGAGCGGGUUGUACUAUUGUAUAGUUAUAUUAGCUGUUGUUUGUGUUGCGUUAUGUGUUUAUCGCUAUUUAAAAUGUAUCGGUAAUUAGGUAAAAAACAAGACUAGAUUAAUAUCGGAUAAUCGAGUCGUUACCUAAUACUAUGCAUGUAGUAAAUGAAACACUAACACCAUCUCGUUUGUUUUUAUUAUCUUGGAUUCUAGUGUUCAUAGAAUUUUAGAGCUCAAGGUAUCCGUGCAAUUUUGCAGCUGACCGUACACUAAAAAACCAUAAAUCAGCUUGCUUUGGUCUGUGUGCUUAGUACGAGUUUUUUAACGUUCUCUAUAGCGUAAAAGUUAGCCCAAUUUUGUAUGCAGUUGGAACAGCGCCCCUAGCGGCAAACGUAGGCAAACGAUCCCAUUCCAUACAAAUAUGAGCUAACUUUUACGCUGUCGAGAACGUUAAAAAACUCGCACUAAGCACACUGGUCCGGUAAUAAACUUAGAUUCAUCGGCACGUCUCUACCCUAAUGCUAGGUGCAAGCUAUUAGUAUAGUACUUAAAGUAUAGUAUUUGGCGAUAUUAGAACAGGUAAAUCUUCACUAAUAAAAUAAUACGGCCAGUUUUUGAUGUUUAAAAUGUAUGAAAAAGCCUGCUGUGACUGUCGCGCUAUUCCUUUGACCAAUCAGAUUUUUUUAUUCUACCAGGGAUCGCCUGUUGAUUGGUUAAUAUAUGAAUACCUUAAUUAGCGAAUCUAUAUUAAAACGACGACUAUGAUUUUAUUUUAUUUUAAAUAAUAACUGUUUUGGAAACCAUCCAUCUAAUCUAACGAGUUAUGGCGAGCUUAUUGUUAUAAUUAGUCGUAUCAAUCAGAGUAUGAUCAUAGUUCUCUCAGCACGGAUACAUAUUAUUUGUCUGCCUAUAUGGCUCAAGAAAGUUUAUACUAGAUUUAGAACACGGCUGGGAAUAUAACCAACAGUGAAUACUUUCCCUGAGUGUUCUUUAAUUUAUCGCUGAACCAAUUCUGAGUGUCGAUUUUCUAAUGCACGCCCUACACCUAAUAUAAGCCAGCGGAUAACGUUGUUGUAAGUAUACAGGCUGUUUGAAAACUAUGGUUAUAUCAAUAAAAGUGCUUCUAUGAUUUUGAAAUGUCGCGAGCAUAACAAGAGCUUCGUUUAUCGAAGUGUAAGUAAGACAAUUAAAAUUAUGGUUACUAAAACGGCAGUUGUUAAUGCUUGGCUUAGCAAAUUAGUAUAGUUUUCCACUUUACGGUGUACUACUGACGUACGCAAGUAAUCGAAGUGAGGAGUCAGUACGUCGGUAUCGCCGUAAACCAAGGCACCUCAUAAAGCAAUCAUCCUCAUAAAAUAUAUAAAUUAAUAAUUUUGACAUGUGAUCAUAAUAUUACGCCUGCUGUAGAUGUCGCCAAGUUAAAUGACCUUUUUCUAAAAAAAUACAACUAAAAUUCGCUGUUCCGUACAAUAUAUUUUAUGUAUGUAUUACAUAUUCCUCUUACCGUUUUGUUUAUAUUGUAAUUUAUUUAGAAAUAAUAAUUGUUUUUGUUAAAAUAAAACGAUUUAUUAUUUCAAAGUUUUAAUAAUCGCGUUGUCAUUGAAGUCAUCCUCACAGCGCAAUAAGAGAAGAGGUUAGUUGGUAUUAGAUUGUAACAAAAUGGUUUUAACUUGAACAUAGAUCAUUAAAUUUUGUUUUUGAUAUAACUGUAUACUUAAUCUUUAGUAACACCACCUAAUUCUUGCAAAUGCUAUUACCGCCUAUAGAAGAUUCAUGAUCGAUGUAAAAGUUAACAAAAGUUAAACAGCUUAAUUUAUGAGUACUCUAAUAAUCUGUGCACUAAAGUUGACAUUAUUUGGAAUUGUAUAUAUUUUAGUAAGUAGUCUAAUUAGCUAGUAGACACCAAAGAGGUCAAUGUGGGAGAUAAAUAUUUAUAUGUUAUAAUAUAAAAUAAUUUAUUGAGUACAGAUUUAAGCUGUACAAAACAUGUCAACGAAUUUAUCGGAAGCACGUCUAUAAUAAAAGUCAGUUUUCAGAAAUAA